AUGAAGCUUAGUCUGGAGCAGAAGAAUCCCCUCGCGAAGAAGGUAGAGAACACCGACUCCGCCAAGGCCGCCAUCCAGAAUAAUACCAACCAGACUGCAACGACUGGCGAGUCCUUUAGCACCGGUAAGAGCGCGGCGGCCGCCAUCGCGCAGCACAAGAAGCCGCGCCGCGUCAUUCGUCCCCGUCCCCAGCAUGCGACUCCCCUCGAUACAGUCGACGACGACGACUAUGAUGAUUGCUGGCUUCCAGCUUACGAAGACCCGCAACCCACUGACAGGCUUGUCGAUGACGACUGGGUCAGUGUCAAGAAACCGGCCUCGGCUCGUUAA